AUGACUGAAUUAAACUAUUCUCAACAAGAUCUAUUUCUUCCACCAUUACCAAAUAAAGAAUUAAAAUAUCUUUUCUAUUUAGUCAACUGUAAUCAACCUCAAUUUAAGGAACUUUAUUCUGGGGAUGCUGGGAUUUCUAAAGAUGAAGCAGAAGAAUGUUAUUCAUUAAUUGAAUUUGUUAAUGUUUCAACUAUUGAUGAAAUCAUAUAUGAUUUAACAAAUCGUCCAAAUUUAAGUAAUCAUCCUGAUAAUUAUUUCAUUACUCAAUUUUAUCAUAGAUUAUAUUUCACUCAAGAAGAAAAUGAAAUCAAUGCUAGAUCAAAAUCUUUUUCAUUUGAAAAUACAGAUGAAUUGGCUGAAUUAAUGAUAAGUGGUAAUAUUCGUAGUAUUUUAUCAUUGAUUCAAUAUGAUAGAACAACUGGUAUAAAACAACUCAUGAUUCAUCAAGAUGAUAAUAAUAAUGAUGAUGAUGAUAAUUUAAGAGUUAACACCGGUCCUAUUGGUCUUUAUGUUAUUGGGAAUAUAAGUGUUCCUAUACCUAUUCAAUAUCUGGAUCAUUUUAGACUAUUACGAGUUAAAGAUGAAAAAGAAAUGAUGGAUAUUCAAUAUAGACGUCAUCCUGAUCCUCCUUAUUAUGUCCAGUUUGAUGAUGGAAAGUUAUUGCUUAGAAAUAUGUAUGCUAAAUUUAACGAAUUUACUGUAUAUGAUUUACUGGAUGAUAGUUUUGAGAAAAUUAUUUGGAGAAUUUAA